UGAUUCAAAAUGUCUAACGCGGAACAGCGGACUGAUAUUAUCGUAAGUUUUCUGCUGUAAUAGAGUUGAGGUUUUUUACUUUAAGUGCACUGACGAGUGAAUUUCUCCUCGACUGACAGUUAAUGUGUUUGGUUUCGUUAUUCAAACGCUACUCGGCGAGUCAGGACGCGUUUCCGCUUUGUUUUUAACCGGGAUUGCAUACAUAUAAUGUCAAGAUGAAGCAGGCGGUCUUACUGUUUCUCGUUACGCUGUCUGCCUGCGCCGACCCAGUGACCAUCAAAGCUCCAGCAACAGUGAAUCUUCAGGAACAAUCAAAAGAAAACCUCACCCUCACACUGAGCCCACCGUUGAACACACCUGUUACGGUUUACUUCAAUAUCACUUAUGAAUCAAAAAACGUGUCCUCAGUCGUCCUGCUGCCUAAUGAGGUUGUGGUGCCAGCCGGAAACUCAUCUGUAUCUUUUGAAGUGCAGGCAAAAGGGGUUGGUCAGGUGACCGCUUACCUUUCCAGCAAUGACACUCGCAUAAAAAACUUUGAAACCCGAAUCAGGUUCCUGAUUGUCAGAAGCAACAUCCUCCUGAUCAUCAACCAGAUCAUCGGCUGGAUUUAUUUCCUGGCCUGGUCUGUGUCGUUCUACCCGCAGGCGUACGAGAACUGGAAACGGCGAAGCGUGGUGGGCCUCAGUUUUGAUUUCCUCGCUCUCAACCUGACUGGGUUCUUCGCUUACAGCGUGUUCAACAUCGGCCUGUUCUGGGUGCCGUAUAUACAGGAGGAGUUCUUGAAGAAAGAUCCAAACGGGGUCAUUCCUGUCGAUGCUAAUGAUGUCUUCUUUAGCCUUCAUGCAUUACUUCUCACUCUUGUCUAUGUCUGCCAGUGUGCCAUUUAUGAGAGGAGGGCAAAGGUUUCCAAAGCGGCCAUUGUGCUGUUAGCGAUUGGCUGGACCUUUGCGUUUGUCUCCCUGUUUGUUGCUGUGGCUCAGAAGAUCUCCUGGCUGGAUUAUCUGUACUACUUCUCUUACAUUAAACUGGGUGUCACACUAGUGAAGUACAUCCCUCAGGCUUAUAUGAACUACCGCAGGCAGAGCACAGAGGGAUGGAGCAUCGGGAACGUGCUGCUGGACUUCACGGGGGGCAGUUUCAGUUUGCUUCAAAUGUUCCUUCAGGCCUAUAACAACGAUAAAUGGAAGUUUAUAUUUGGAGACCCCACAAAGUUUGGACUGGGUUUGCUGUCCAUGUUCUUCGAUGUCGUGUUCAUCGCGCAGCACUAUUGUCUGUACAGGAACAGAGAGCCGAUGUACCACGAUUUAGAUGCUCAGACUGACCAGCACGCCAGCGUUAAAACAUGACCACCGCAAUAUAAGGACUUUUAUGGACUUUUAUAUCUACUGUGCGUACCACGUAGCAAAGGGAUUUACCAAUGUGUCUUAAAAACAUGUACUUUGGAUGCAAAUAAGCACU